UUUCGAAAAAUGAGUAAAAGACAGGCGUUGCAGCUGUAUAAGUCGCUCAUUAGCGAAUCGAAGAAGUUUCCGUCGUACAAUUUUAGACAAUAUGCCUUGAGGAGGAUACGAGACAGUUUUCGGGAAAAUAGGAAUCUAGGGGAUGAAGACGUUAUUAGGAACAAAUUGGAGGAGGCGGCCAGGAGUUUGGAAACUAUCAAAAAACAGGUUAUUAUAGGUCAACUGUACAGCACCGAUAAACUCGUCAUUGAACAUGUGAUGUCACAAAAGAAAUAAUUGAUUGUUAUUUAGGUUCAUAUUUGAUAUUAUAGAUAUAAUAAAACACAAUAGAGCGCUUUCACUUUUA